AUGACGCUAUCGGUGCUGCUGAAUGCCGUCUCGGACGGUCUCAUUGCUCGACCCAUUGCGAACGUCGCGGCAUACGACACAGCGAGUCGAGUCGCCAAUGCGACCGAUGCACAUGCGAGGAAUGGACUGAUCCUGAGUCAAGAAACCGCUACUGCCACUGCAGCUGCCAGCGAAUGGAUCGUCGUGCUCCACUAUGCUGCAAUUGCUCUGCUCAUUGUGCUGUCGGCCAUCUCGUCGGGCCUUACGCUCGGCCUCAUGUCGCUCGAUAAGGUGAGUCUCGACGUGAUCGUUCGCGCAGGCGAUCGGCCCGAAGCGACGAUCGAGGAACAAACGAAAGCUCAGGCAGCUCGACGGAUCUUACCCGUGCGUGCAGACAGCAAUUUGCUGCUCACGACGCUCGUGCUCACGACCGUUGCGGUGAAUUCGCUGCUGUCGAUCCUCAUGGUCGACUUGACGAGUGGCGUCGUGGGCUUUUUCGCCUCGACGGCGCUCAUCCUCGUGUUUGGGGAGAUCCUGCCGCAGUCGAUCUGUUCGAGGCACGCGCUGUCCAUUGGCUCGACGUUUGUGCCUGUUGUGAAGGUGCUGCGGCUAGUGCUGUAUCCACUUACAAAGCCCGUGAGCUACACGCUCGACCGUGUGGUUGGUGAAGACGUCGGCACGAUGUUGACGAAACGAGAGCUGGAGAAACUCGUGGAGAUUCACGUGAGGCAGCAGAUUGUGCACCCCGAAGAAGGGUGCAUUGUACGCGGUGCCAUGAGCUACAAGACCAAGGUCGUGAGCGACAUUAUGAUUCCCGCGGACAAGCUCUUUUCGCUUUCGAUAUCCUCUUCCACGUCUCUCUUUCUCUCUCUUGCUUGCUUGUUGCAUAAACACACGGGUACGAGGCUUAGUCUCGAAAUGCUCAAGGUGAUUUACAACAGCGGCUACAGUCGCAUUCCCGUGUGGAAGAAGGACCCGAACGACGUGGUGGGCAUUGUCUUCACCAAGGACUUGAUCUACGUGGAUCCGAAUGAAAACGUGCCACUCAUAGCCUUUGCACGCGUCUUCGCGGUGGCGGCCCAUCGCAUUUGGCUCGAUGCAGAGCUGGGUGAAGUGCUCAGUGUGUUCAAAAUGGGCAGCACCCACAUGGCACUCGUCUACGAUGUCAAUAAUUGGGGACCGGGUGAUCCGUUCUACGAACUCAAGGGCUUCGUGACCCUCGAAGAUAUCGUGGAGGAGAUCCUGCAGUCCAAGAUCAUGGACGAGACGGAUUCGCCCAAGGCCAAGAAGGAGCGACAAAACUGCACGGACCAGAUCGGGUAUUCUGACAGGGGUGAGUUUGUGGCCCGUGCAGUGUGUGAUUGA